AUGGCUUGCUCUGUUAUAAUUCACACCACGUCACAAGAAAAGAACGGUUCGAUUAUUGGUGAUGUUCCUAAACAUCAACAUGCUGGGGAUAUUACUGAUAUUAAGGCCAAAGUUAUUCGAGCAAAUUUAAAGCUUCGUGCUGUUAAUAGUGACAAUAAUCCAUUGCAAGUAAUUGCUGACACUGUAAAAAAUGCUAACUCUCCUGUAAUGGCUCGAUUGGGUCGAAUUGCAUCAAUGCAGCGAUUGGUCCAGCGUGCUCGUCAUGAAAUAAUACCUCAAGUUGAUGGAAACAAUAUAUCUGAUUUCAUAUUACGUGAUGACUUGAAAAUGACUGAAAAGAACCAACUAUUUUUACAUCAAUGUGAAAUUUGGUGUGGCGACGGCACUUUUCGAUCAGUCCCAGUUAUAUUUAAGCAAUUAUAUUCAUUACAUGGAGUCAUUGAUGGACACACAUUGCCAUUAGUUUACGUAUUAUCACCUUGUAAAUCUCAGUCUACUUAUUUAAAGAUUUUGAAGAAAAUAAAAGAACUAAUGCCUGAUGUUAUUACUUUACGUUGGAUGUUAACCGACUUUGAAUUGUCUUAUAUUAAUGCGUUUAAGACUGUAUUUGAAAAUGUCGACGUCAGUGGAUGCUUUUUCCAUCAUACUCAAUGUAUAUGGCGUCAUGUGCAAAGUGAAGGUUUACAACAGUGGUAUAAUAAAAACAUACGUGUCGUUCAGAAUAUAAAAAUGCUAAUGUCACUGGCAUUUGUCCCCCCUAAUGAUGUAAAAGAAGCCUACGACGAGCUUGUAAAAAGUGAAUUUUAUGUCGAGAAUGAACAACGAUUAUCUGGAUUGUUGGAUUAUUAUGAAUCUACGUGGAUCGGUGUCUUGAAACGGAACAAAGUUGAUCGUUCUGCUCCGAUGUUUAGUAUUGAGUUGUGGAAUUGUUACGAUAGUGUAAUUAAUGAAGAAAUGAAAUCCAAUAAUGGAAUAGAGGGAUGGCAUCAUUCUUUUAAUGCCUUGGUUCGCAUUUAUCACGCUAAUUUAAGCAAGUUCAUAAGUGUAUUGCGAACUGAGCAGACUAUCGUCGAAUUAAAAUUAAAUCAUCAAGAUACUGGUGUAUCAUUACCUAAACGUCGUCGUAAUUACCGUGAAUAUGAUGCACGUUUAAAGAAUGUUGUAGCUGCAUACGAUCCUAAUAAUAAGUUACAAUACUUAAAAAAUGUAGCCAAUGUAUUGCGUACCUAA